UCUAUCUCUAAGGAAGGAGGACAGUAACAGUUUCUCAGCAGUGAGAAACCUGGGGAGGGAAUCGCUCUUGUCGUCAGCGCCUGUGGAGGGACUGGAGAGGCAGGGAGGUCGUGCCAGGCUGGAGGAGGCUUGUCUUUCCGAAGCUGGAGAGGAUUUUACAGGGCUUUGCCUUCCCCUGGCUGGGAAGAAUUUCCCCUGUGGCGGCGGCGGCGGCAGCAGCAGCAGCAGCAGCACCUCCUCUUCUGGAGAACAGGGCAGAAUGCCUGUACUCGAGCGGUAUUUCCACUCGGCAGAGCUAGGCAGGAGGUGGACAGCCCCAGAAGGUGUGCUGCCCUCCACCCCGGGCGGCCGGCCUGGGUGCCAGCAGGGGCCGCUGCCCUGGGACUUGCCAGAGAUGAUCAGGAUGGUAAAGCUGGUUUGGAAAUCCAAAAGUGAGCUGCAGGCGGCCAAGCAGAGAGGCAUUCUGGAAAAUGAAGAUGCUGUCCACAGCUUUCCAGGAGAUGCACGACUAACGGGUCAGACGGGGGUCCCUGCUGAACGCCGAGGCUCCUACCCAUUCAUUGACUUCCGCCUACUUAACAAUACAACACACUCGGGGGAAAUUGGCACCAAGAAAAAGGUGAAAAGACUAUUAAGCUUUCAAAGAUACUUCCAUACAUCAAGGCUGCUUCGUGGACUAAUACCACAAGCCCCUCUUCACCUGCUGGAUGAAGACUACCUGGGACAAGCAAGGCAUAUGCUCUCCAAAGUGGGAAUGUGGGAUUUUGACAUUUUCUUGUUCGAUCGCUUGACAAAUGGAAACAGCCUGGUAACACUGCUAUGCCAUCUUUUCAACUCCCACGGACUCAUUCACCAUUUCAAGUUAGAUAUGGUGACUUUACACAGAUUUUUAGUCAUGGUUCAAGAAGAUUACCACAGCCAAAACCCGUAUCACAAUGCUGUUCAUGCAGCCGAUGUCACCCAGGCCAUGCAUUGCUACCUGAAGGAGCCAAAGUUCGCCAGCUUCCUCACGCCUCUGGACAUCAUGCUGGGGUUGUUGGCUGCAGCAGCACAUGAUGUGGACCACCCAGGGGUAAACCAGCCUUUUUUGAUCAAAACUAACCACCACCUUGCCAACCUGUAUCAGAAUAUGUCUGUGCUGGAGAAUCACCACUGGCGAUCAACAAUCGGCAUGCUUCGAGAAUCAAGGCUUCUUGCUCAUUUGCCAAAGGAAAUGACACAGGAUAUUGAACAGCAGCUGGGCUCCUUGAUCUUGGCAACAGACAUCAACAGGCAGAAUGAAUUUCUGACCAGAUUGAAAGCUCACCUCCACAAUAAAGACUUAAGACUGGAGGAAGCACACGACAGGCAUUUCAUGCUUCAGAUCGCCUUGAAGUGUGCUGACAUUUGCAAUCCUUGCAGAAUCUGGGAGAUGAGCAAGCAAUGGAGUGAAAGGGUCUGUGAAGAAUUCUACAGGCAAGGUGAACUUGAACAGAAGUUUGAACUGGAAAUCAGUCCUCUUUGUAAUCAACAGAAAGAUUCAAUCCCUAGUAUACAAAUUGGUUUCAUGACCUACAUCGUGGAGCCGCUCUUCCGGGAAUGGGCGCGCUUCACCGGGAACAGCCCCCUGUCGGAGAACAUGCUGAGCCACCUGGCGCGCAACAAAGCCCAGUGGAAGAGCCUGUCGCCACGGCAGCACCGGAGCAGGGGCGGCAGCGGCAGCGACCCCGCAGGCCCGGGCCCCGAGGACCAAGCGCAGUCUGUGGGGGAGGGCGACUCCCCGUAGCCGGCCUGGCCCAGCGGCCUUCAGGAAGGACUCUCUGGGUUGUGGCCUGGGGCCCUUGGAACACCGCCCUGCUCCUAGUCACCUGCCUCUCCUCCUCACAAGUGUACAGAAGCCAUUUGUCACCUCAGCACCGGAUAGCAGCAACUGCGUCAGUGACAUGGGGGCUGAUUGCACGGGCAGGCUCGGCCUCCAGCAGAACACUGGGAGUGAGAAGGAGGUGACCUGCCGAGUCCCCACGGCCCUGGGUCACACUAGGACAGGCAGCAGUCCCCAGGUCUCCAGCACUCUCCUGUUUGCAUCUGACUGCUGAUCUGCAUGACAAAAACACCAGCACGUUUGGAACUCUGAGGAUUUUGGUCUUAAGUGCAAAAGCACAUAUGAGAGCCUGAGAGAAAGUACCUUCUAUUUUAAUAAUAAUUAUUAUCAAAAAUAAUAAUGAGUCUUUUUAACUUUUGUAUUUCAUGAAGUAGACAAUGGAUCUAAAACUUUGGACUAAGAUUACUCAAUGUACCCAGACUUGGACAGGGGUUCAUUGUUUUGUUAUGGACUUUAUGCCACUUUGGGGCAGAGAUUUGGCGUCUUCUCAAUUUCAGAAACCACGUUUCCUACCCGACCAGAGCGGAAGGUGCUGUACAGUUCAUUCCUUUGCACCGUUAGCCAAUCUGUCUUUUAUGGAUUCAGUGACAUGUUUAUAUUCUCACCUGUACAUUUUCUGUAAAUACCAAGCGCUACUGAUUCCCAUGCCAAAAUACAUGAGUAUUAUGGGAUUGCUACCUGUAUAAACAAUGGCACUGUGAACAGAAUACUGUUAGUUUUAAUACAAGAGAAUGCAUUUGUAAAUAUGGUAUAGAGUUUAUUAAUAUACUGUUGUUUGCAGAUAAAGGCCUUAACUUGACACAUCUUUCCUCUUCUGAAAGCUGCCCAAUUUAAAUCCUCACAGAUGUCUUUCUAAACUUCCAUCCCACGUCCAUCUUUGUGUUUUCCAGCUAAGGUCACAAACUAAAACUGAAAAAAGUCGGGGAAACAUGUUGGAAACUUCAUAGGCAUUCCUCUUGUGCCCAUAGUGUUUAAACUAUGGCACCAAGCAUCGUUUUCUCGGAUUAAUGAGAUCCUUCAGCAAGUCUGAAUCAGUCACUUUUCAACGCAGCAGUGGUAUUUUAACAAGCCAGCUGAUAAGCUUGUGUUUAUGUGACUCUUUGUUAUGGAACAUGGUGGUGUGUCAACCUCACGGGACACAUAGCCUGUCUCUCGAAAACCUUCUAUGACCCUGUCAUCUGCCCAUCAGGAAUUCCCUGCUCCCACACCACACAUUUGUCUGUUCUGGCUACAGUACCAAAGUACCUUUGGUUUAUGGUUGGCGUGCAUUUCUUUAGUGUUAACAGUAACUGGGUUUUUUCUUUUUCCUUAACUUCCUAUGAACAACUCCCCAACUGUUUAGCUGAAGUUAAUAUUAUUUAAGUCAAGAAAAUAUUUCAGUUUUAUGACAGA